GGGGAGGGGCCGGAGCGCGGCCGCCGGUGCCGCUGCCGGAGCAGAGAGAGGAGGUGGCGCGUCCCUAGGGGCGUGCGCCAGGACAGACGGACCGACGGACCGACGCGCGAAGGGAGAGGGCCGGCGGCGAGAGAGCUGCUGGCAUUGUGGGACCGCUUCAGGGCUGCCGAAAGAACGCCAACUUGCUUCGUGUGUUGCGGGCAGGUCUGGGGCAGGUGGUAGCCCCGUGAUCCACCAUCAUGCGUGGAGACGGACUUUUUGAUGAAGAAACCCAGAGCAGUCGAUGCCGACCAGGGCGAUUUGGCUGUCAAAGGUUUUGACAAAACCUGCCCCGUUCCCUUUGGGGAAUCCGAAUGAGGGAGAUUACAGACACCUUCACUGCGAAGCCAAGGACAUUUCUGUAUAAUCAGUGGAUGAAAGGAUUUUCUCAGACUCUUUCUUUCCUUUUCCUUGAGGAUUAAUCCACCGCAAUCUACAAUUACAGUGGAAACCACAAGGCACAGGAUGUGGCACGAGCCUCCAGCGCCGUCCGAAUUGUUUUGGACCCUUCCUUUAGCCUAGGGGAGUUUAACACUUGCCACCCGCCGCCCCUCCCCCACUCCCUCCUGCUGAGCUCUUUAACCUGUUCUCAUUCCCUGAGUUAAGUUCUCUUUCCAAAACUGUCUUCUGGAGCUCUAAGUGGAUUGCCAGAAAUGAGAGAUUAAGUGCUGGGAGAAGAGGAAGCGCCCUGUGUUGUGUCUCCUCUCAGCUGCCGACAUGAAGUGCUUUCUCCCAGUGCUGAGCUGUCUGGCUGUGCUGGGGGUAGUGUCAGCACAGCGGCAAGUCGCCGUCCAGGAAGGACCCUUGUACCGCACAGAGGGCUCCCACAUCACCAUCUGGUGCAACGUCAGUGGCUACCAGGGGCCUUCUGAGCAGAAUUUCCAGUGGUCCAUUUACCUGCCUUCCGCCCCUGAGCGCGAGGUCCAGAUCGUCAGCACCAUGGACUCUUCCUUCCCUUACGCCAUCUAUACCCAGCGUGUCCGCAGCGGGAAGAUCUACGUGGAGAGGGUCCAGGGGAACUCGGCUUUAUUGCAUAUCACCGAUCUCCAGGCCCGGGAUGCUGGGGAGUAUGAAUGCCACACGCCCAACACCGAUGAGCGAUACUUCGGGAGUUACAGUGCCAAGAUGAACCUCAUGGUGAUCCCGGACUCCCUGCAGUCCACUGCUGUGCGCCACACUCUGCACAGAGUGGAGCAGGACCCCCUAGAGCUCACGUGUGAGGUGGCCACGGAGACGUUACAGCACAGCCACCUGUCCGUGGCCUGGCUGCGGCAGCGGGGCGGCGAGAAGCCGGUGGAGGUCAUUGCCCUGAGCCGGGAUUUUGUGCUGCAGUCGAGCAGCGACUACGCGCAGAGGCAGAGCCUGGGGGAGGUGCGCCUGGACAAGCUGGGGAGCAGCACCUUCCGCCUCACCGUCUUCCACUUGCAGCCCUCCGACCAGGGCGAGUUCUACUGCGAGGCCACCGAGUGGAUCCAGGACCCAGACGGCUCGUGGUACCCGAUGACCCGCAAGCGUUCUGAGGGGACUGUGGUCAACGUCCAGCCCACCGACAAAGAGUUCACCGUUCGGCUGGAGACCGACAAGCGGCUGUAUACGGUAGGUGAACCGGCGGAGUUCAGGUGCAUCCUGGAGGGGCAGAACACUCCCGACCGUUACUUUGCCGUCUCCUGGGCCUUCAACAGCUCGCUCAUUGCCAGCAUGGGGCCGAAUGCUGUGCCGGUCCUCAACAGUGAGUUCACCCAUCGGGAGGCCAGGGGCCAACUCAAAGUGGCCAAGGAGAGCGACAACGUCUUCGUGCUGAAGAUUUACCACCUCCGCCAGGAGGACAGUGGGAAAUACAACUGUCGUGUGACAGAGAGAGAGAAAACAGUCACCGGGGAAUUCAUCGACAAGGAGAGCAAGCGUCCCAAGAACAUCCCCAUCAUCGUCCUCCCCAUCAAGAGCAGCAUCUCGGUGGAGGUGGCCAGCAAUGCCAGCGUCGUCCUGGAGGGUGAGAAUCUACACCUCUCCUGCAGCAUCCGCACAGCGGGUAGACCACUAGGCCGCUUCUCCGUCAUCUGGCAGCUGGUGGACAGGCAGAACCGCCGCAGCAACAUCAUGUGGCUGGACCGGGACGGCACCGUGCAGCCUGGCACGUCCUACUGGGAGCGCAGCAGCUUUGGGGGCGUCCAGAUGGAGCAGGUGCAGCCCAACUCGUUCAGCCUGGGCAUCUUCAACAGCAGGAGGGAGGACGAGGGCCAGUACGAAUGCCACGUGACCGAAUGGGUGCGUGCAGUGGAUGGCGAGUGGCAGGUCGUGGGGGAACGCCGGGCCAGUACCCUCGUGUCCAUCACGGCUCUCGAAACGGGCUUUGCAGUCACUGCCAUCUCCCGCACGCCGGGGGUGACCUACAGUGACUCUUUUGACCUGCAGUGCAUCAUCAAACCCCAUUACCCCACCCGGGUCCCCGUGUCAGUGACGUGGCGGUUCCAGCCGGUGGGCACCGCCGAGUUCCAUGACCUGGUGACCUUUACCCGGGAUGGAGGAGUCCAGUGGGGGGAGAGGUCCUCCAGCUUCCGGACCCGAACGGCCAUUGAAAAGGCUGAGUCCAGCAACAACGUCCGUCUGAGCAUCAGCCGGGCCAGCGACACAGAGGCGGGCAAGUACCAGUGUGUGGCGGAGCUGUGGCGGAGGAACUACAACAACAGCUGGACGCGGCUGGCCGAGAGGACCUCCAACCUGCUGGAGAUCAGGGUGCUGCAGCCAGUGACAAAGUUGCAGGUGAGCAAAUCAAAGAGGACCCUCACCCUGGUGGAAAACAGGCCCAUCCAGCUGAACUGUUCAGUCAAGUCCCAGACCAGCCAGAACUCCCACUUCGCCGUGCUCUGGUACGUCCACAAGCCCUCGGACGCCGACGGCAAACUCAUCCUCAAAACCACCCACAACUCCGCCUUUGAGUACGGCACCUACGCCGAGGAGGAGGGCCUGAGAGCCAGGCUGCAGUUUGAGAGGCACGUGUCUGGGGGUCUGUUCAGCCUCACUGUCCAGAGAGCCGAGGUCAGCGACAGCGGCAGCUACUACUGCCAUGUGGAAGAGUGGCUGCUGAGCCCCAACUACGCCUGGUACAAGCUGGCAGAGGAGGUUUCGGGGCGCACGGAAGUCACUGUGAAGCAGCCAGACAGCCGCCUGAAGCUCAGCCAGGCGCAGGGCAACCUGUCGGUGCUGGAGACGCGGCAGGUGCAGCUGGAGUGUGUGGUCCUGAACCGCACGAGCGCGGCCUCCCAGCUGCUGGUGGAGUGGUUCGUGUGGAAGCCCAAUCACCCAGAGCGGGAGACCUUGGCCCGCCUGAGUCGCGAUGCCACCUUCCACUACGGAGAGCAGGCGGCCAAGAACAACCUGAAGGGCCGGCUGCACUUGGAGAGCCCUUCCCCGGGCGUGUACCGGCUCUUCAUCCAGAACGUGGCGGUGCAGGACAGCGGAACCUACAGCUGCCGCGUCGAGGAGUGGCUGCCCAGCCCUGGUGGCACGUGGUACAGACGGGCAGAGGACACCGCUGGCCAGACGGCUGUUCAAGUCGUGCGACCAGAUGCCGCCCUGCAGGUGGACACGGUGGUCCCCAAUGCCACGGUGUCCGAGAAGGCGGCUUUCCAGCUAGACUGUAGCAUCGUGUCUCGCUCCAGCCAGGACUCCCGCUUCGCUGUGGCCUGGUACUCCCUGAGGACUAAAGCUGGAGGGAAAAGGGGCAGCCCUGGCCUGGAAGAUGGGGAGGAGGAAGGGGAGGAGGGGGAAGAAGAGGAGGAAGAGGACCCCACAGAGCGGACGGCCCUGCUGAGCGUGGGCCCAGACGCUGUCUUCGGCCCAGAGGGCAGCCCCUGGGAGGGCAGGCUUCGCUUCCAGAGGCUCUCCCCGCUACUCUACCGGCUCACAGUGCUGCAGGCAAGCCCUCGGGACACGGGCAACUACUCCUGCCGCGUGGAGGAGUGGCUGCCCAGCCCUCAGAAGGAAUGGUACCGGCUGACGGAGGAAGAGUCCGCCCCCAUCGGCAUCCGGGUUCUGGACACAAGUUCCACCCUGCAGUCCAUCAUCUGCUCCAACGACGCGCUCUUCUACUUCGUCUUCUUCUACCCUUUCCCUAUCUUUGGCAUCCUUAUCAUCACCAUCCUGCUGGUGCGCUUCAAGAGCCGGAACUCCAGCAAGAACUCCGACGGGAAGAAUGGGGUGCCCCUGUUGUGGAUCAAGGAACCACACCUCAACUACUCCCCCACUUGCCUGGAGCCCCCUGUGCUCAGUAUCCACCCAGGAGCCAUAGACUAAGGGGACCCCUGGCGGUCAUAAGCCACAGAGGAGCUGAGGCUCUCCCCACUGCCUCUUGCUCUGCGAUCAGACAGCGGACAGCACCCGACCUCUGGGGCGCUCCCACGGAACGCGGUCGGACUUGCGAAGCGUUCGGAGUCGCCGCUCAGCCAGAGGCGGACCGCCUCUAGGUGGCAGUCUUGGUUGGUUAUAGCUAUUUUCGAGCAGGUGGCGCCAUCCUGCCGAAUUAGGUUGCUUGUUUCUGUUUUCGGUAAUGUGGUGAGUAGCUCCUGGUGCCACGUCUACUCACUGGUUUAUAUAGCAUUCUCAGAUAUAGAUGUUACAGGGGUUCUUAUUCUUUGUAAGGGACGCUUUUUCAAUCCCUUUGGUUUACGCUUUUUGGAUUCCGUCAUGUUGUGGACAAAUUACCCUUAAAUACGACUGAUGGCAGCGGGAAGGACGAACUUUAUAGAGCAAAGGAAUCUUUUCCAAGACUUUUUUUCAUUUUUGCACACUUGAAAAUGCCACCCAUGGAUCAAAAUAUACCCAAACAUUUUUUACUUCCUUAACGAGACUUGAAAAUUAUGUGUAGUGUGGGCCCAAUUUGUAUCUUAUAUUUUCCCUCAGCUGGAGUUGUUGGAACCACUUUGUAGUCAAGAUGAAAGCAUUGAAUUUUGCUUCAAAGAACUGUAUGUACAAGAUAAAUCCUGCAUAACCCCACUAGGAGUAGAUAGCGCCCAGCCUAGCCUAUCUGUUGGGGAGGCAAUAGGCUUCAUCCCAACCUUGCCAAAAAAUGAGCAGACUCUGUUGGAGAACGAGUCAGAAGCUCCAAACAGCACACACUUGGCAAGUUAAAGUGGGCAGAGGGCUGCUUUUAGCAGCUACUGACUUUCAGAUUGAUCAAAGUCACUGAUUAGUGAAAGAAGGAACCAAGGCUGGUCGUUGGUUUGGUCUGUUCUGCAAGGGCAGUCUCUGACUGAUAAUUGCGAGCAGGUGGGCUUCUGUUUUCAGGUGCUUUGCCAAACUCUUAAGGGAAAAUGGCCAGUGAGCCUGCAGAGGGCCCAGCAGCCCCCACAUACACUGUCGGGAGGCACUGGGGGCUGGCUGACAGCUAAGGUUCGUGAACGUUGGGACAGUCAGCCAGCGGUGAGGGGGGGUUUCCAGAGCCAGCCACUGUAGAACAGGGAGGAAUAACUACCUCCCUGGAGAUAUGAAGACUAGGUUUUCCUUCUUCCUUCCAAUUAGAUUUUUCUCAAAGGUACGGAUGUCUCUCUCCUUCGCCGUUUGACCUGCAUCUCACUGCCAUAAGAAUAUCUGCCCAGGUGAGGCCCAGACGCGGCCCUUUGUAAUCUUUAUGGAUUACCUCAUCUCAGCAGAGAGUGACCACAUGCCUUUGUCCGUGGAUUUUUUCUCUUUCCCUUUCUUAGCUCUUGUUUGCGGCUUUAGGUGAUUUGGUUGUUCACUGUCGUGGCAGCUUUUCAUUUGAAUGCCCCUUAAAGCCUGGCGAAGGCCAGCGUCACCUGUUCUUUCGCACUUGCUGGGCAAGAUGCCGGGCUCCGGAGCAUCAUCGGUUGCAAGUGUUUCCUUUCGUGCACUCCACGAAGAUGUCUUCCUGCCCUGGCUUUCUCAAAUUUUGCUGGCCACAAGUUCCAUCUCCCUUCCUUAUGAACUUGCAGUUUGAAUCCCAAGGGAGUUCCCACUUUGGAAAAAACCUCCAGGGAUUCUGGAACUAGGUCUAACCAGAGAGAUUAGUGUGAAACCCUGUUCUGGGACAGAACAGACUCCAGGGGAGCGCUAUAGGAUUCCAGGCCACGUGGGUACUGACCCUCAUUGGCGUGUGCGGGUGUGCAGGGGGCCUGGGUGCUCGGCAGGUGCUUUGAUGUGUCAUAGCCAAGGGGGAAGCAAGGCAACUGCCCAACCGUCUUCUGAGGGGCUUGCAUAGCCUGCCUUCUCUCCCUCCCAGAUACACCGGUCCUCUCCUGUGAGACUGUGUAGGUGCGGCCGCCUGAAUCCCACUGAAGCCUCAUGUGCUCAUCCCCAUUGCUUGUGCUGCAUCAAUGCUGUAGAGGUUACACAGCAGGUGCAGUGUUGAGGACAUAAGGCGGUCUUUGGCCCCAUUUCUUCACUUCAGGGUGUGGGCUUUCAGUGGGAAAUUGCUGGACCUUAAUUCAUAGUCAGCUCGAGAAGACGAUGUACAUUCCCUCUGUCUGAAAGGAAAGAUGCCGGAGGGCUGGCUGGAACUGGGACACAUAAUGAAGAUCUGAGUUUGAAUUGGUUCACAGAAGAAAGAAAAGCCAGUGCUGCACAUAAGUAAGUGAAGCACUUGCAGGAGAUUUGAAAGGAAAAAAGAAACCGAAGCCAGUAUUUUAAUAACUUUUUUUUUUUUUU